UUUUCAAAGCGCCUUUCCGAAGCGUCCUCCCCGCCCAGAGAGGGAGUGAGAUCCCGGGCGCAGUCGCUCCCCGGAGCGGCCGAGGGGCGCGCGGGGAGAGGCCUGCGCCGGGGUACUUUCAAACUGAGGCGCGCGCACACACUCACACCGAGACACACACACACAGCCCCCAGACACACACGCACGCACGCACACACACACACAUACACGCCCAUUUAUAUAGGCGGCGGCGGCGGCAGCGGCCGGGGCGGCGGCGGCGGCGGCGGCGGCGAGGCAGGAAUGAUGGAGCUGAGCCAGCCGACCCGGCUGGGAAGCAAGUGAGGAGAGCCCCGGCGCACCCCGGGAUUUCUGUGCCCCGCUCUUGUCAUCCUACCCAGGCAACGGUGCGCCCGGAGGAGGACCAGGUGGACUGAUUUGCUAGAGGGGCGGGGAGGAGGAGGAGACCAGGUGAGCGAGGAGCCCCCGCGCAUCCGGACCGCCGGGUCGCGCUUCUGCCCGACUCCCGCUCCCUCUGCGCCUAGGUGGGCGCGCCGGGUUCCCGGGUUCCCCGCUCGCAAGGGGCGCCUCGAGGAGACCAGAAAGUCGCGGCCCGGCUUCGCGGGAUGCCUUUCGCCAAGAGGAUCGUGGAGCCGCAGUGGCUGUGCCGGCAGCGGCGCCCGGCGCCCGGCCCGGCGGAGGACGCGAACGGAGGCAGCGCUGACCCGCCGCCGCCCCUGCAGCCGCCCGGCCGACGGGACGAGGCCGUGGCGCCGGGCCCGGAGGAUCCUCCCCGCGCGCCCCCCGCGCCUCCCGGGCCGCCGCCGCCGCCGCUGCCCGCGCCGACCGACCAGGCGCAGCCGCCGCACGGAGAGGCGCCAGCGGCGGGCGAGGAGAGCGCGGCGGGGGUCGCCGAGGCGGCGUCCGCGGCCGGCGAGGCGUCCUCGGCGGCGGCGGCGGCGGCCGUGCUGCUCAUGCUGGACCUGUGCGCGGUCAGCAACGCCGCGCUGGCCCGCGUCCUCCGGCAGCUCUCGGACGUGGCCCGGCACGCGUGCAGCCUCUUCCAGGAGCUCGAGAGCGACAUCCAGCUGACCCACCGCCGCGUCUGGGCGCUGCAGGGCAAGCUCGGCGGCGUGCAGCGCGUCCUCGGCACGCUGGACCCCAAGCAGGAGGCAGUGCCUGUAUCCAACCUGGACAUUGAGAGUAAGCUGAGUGUAUACUACCGUGCACCAUGGCACCAGCAGAGAAACAUCUUCCUCCCAGCCACAAGGCCACCCUGCGUGGAGGAACUGCAUCGCCAUGCCCGGCAGAGCCUGCAAGCCCUGCGCAGAGAACACCGGAGCCGAAGUGAUCGCCGGGAGCAGAGAGCCGCUGCCCCCCUUUCUGUAGCAGCUCCUCCACUGCCAGCCUAUCCACCAGCUCACAGCCAGAGGAGGCGUGAAGUUAAGGACCGGCACUUCUUAACGUUUAACAGCACCCGUUCGCCCUCCCCCACUGAGUGUUGCCACAUGACCCCAUGGAGUAGAAAGUCCCAUCCCCCAGAGGAUGAAGAUACAGAUGUCAUGUUAGGGCAGAGGCCGAAAAACCCAGUACACAAUAUCCCUUCAACACUGGACAAGCAGACCAACUGGAGCAAAGCACUGCCUCUCCCAACACCAGAGGAGAAAAUGAAACAAGAUGCCCAAGUGAUUUCUUCUUGCAUUAUUCCCAUCAAUGUCACUGGAGUUGGUUUUGACAGAGAGGCUAGUAUACGCUGCUCUCUUGUUCAUUCACAAUCCGUACUACAGCGGAGACGAAAACUGAGGAGGAGGAAAACCAUCUCGGGUAUCCCCAGAAGAGUCCAACAAGAAAUAGAUUCUGAUGAAUCCCCUGUGGCCAGGGAAAGGAAUGUGAUUGUGCACACAAAUCCAGACCCUUCCAACACUGUCAAUAGGAGGUCUGGAACCAGGGACUCAGAGUGCCAAACCGAAGAUAUCCUGAUUGCUGCUCCAUCCAGAAGGAGAAUCAGAGCUCAAAGGGGUCAAAGCAUAGCAGCUUCCCUUUCUCAUUCUGCUGGCAACAUCUCUGCAUUGGCUGACAAAGGUGACACCAUGUUUACAACUGCAGUGAGCAGCCGUACAAGAUCUCGGAGCCUUCCCCGGGAGGGCAACAGAAGUGGGGAUGCUGAGCCCAAAGUUGGUGCUAAACCCUCAGCAUAUGAAGAGGGGGAGCCUUUCAUGGGCGACCAAGAAAGAACCCCUAAUGAUUGCAGUGAGGCCCCCAGCAGCCCAAGUGCACAGGAACACCAGCCUGCUUUGGGUCUGGCUUGUUCUCAACAUCUUCACAGCCCCCAGCACAAGUUAAAUGAGAGAGGGAGGUCACGUCUGUCCCGAAUGGCUGCUGACUCUGGCAGUUGUGACAUCUCCUCCAACUCAGACACCUUUGGGAGCCCCAUCCACUGCAUCUCCACAGCGGGUGUCCUCCUCAGCAGCCACAUGGACCAGAAAGAUGACCAUCAGUCAUCCAGUGGCAACUGGAGUGGGAGCAGCUCCACAUGCCCCUCACAGACCUCAGAGACAAUCCCUCCUGCAGCUUCUCCUCCCCUCACUGGCUCUUCACACUGUGACUCAGAGUUGUCACUAAACACAGCCCCUCAUGCUAAUGAGGAUGCCAAUGUCUUCGUGACAGAGCAGUACAAUGACAACCUGGAUAAAGUGAGAGGCCACCGGGCAAACUCUUUUACCUCCACUGUGGCGGAUCUGCUGGAUGACCCCAACAAUAGCAACACCAGUGACAGUGAGUGGAAUUACCUACACCACCAUCACGAUGCCUCCUGCCGCCAGGAUUUUAGUCCUGAGCGCCCCAAGGCAGAUAGCCUGGGCUGCCCGAGCUUCACAAGCAUGGCCACUUAUGACAGCUUUCUGGAAAAGUCUCCAUCAGACAAAGCAGACACUAGCUCUCACUUUUCAGUGGACACAGAAGGAUACUACACUUCCAUGCACUUUGACUGUGGUCUUAAAGGUAAUAAGAGCUAUGUGUGUCAUUAUGCAGCCCUGGGCCCAGAGAAUGGCCAGGGCAUUGGGGUUCCUCCGACUCUUCCGGACUGUACCUGGCAGGACUACUUAGACCACGGGAGGCAGGGGAGACCAAGCAUCUCUUUCAGGAAACCAAAGGCAAAGCCGACCCCACCUAAACGUAGCUCAUCUUUGAGGAAGUCCGAUGGAAAUGCAGACAUUUCUGAGAAGAAAGAACCAAAGAUAAGCAGUGGCCAGCUCCUGCCUCACAGUUCCAGGGAAAUGAAGCUGCCUCUUGAUUUCUCCAACACGCCUUCUCUAAUGGAAAAUGCCAACCUUGCCAUCAAGCAAGAGUCUUCUUGGAUGAACCAGAGUGAACAUGGUAUCAAGGAACCUCAGUUAGAUGCUUCAGAUAUUCCACCAUUCAAAGAUGAAGGUGCUGAAUCAACUCACUAUGCAGAUCUCUGGCUUCUAAAUGACUUGAAAACAAAUGAUCCUUACAGAUCUUUAUCCAAUUCAAGCACUGCUACGGGUACCACAGUUAUUGAAUGCAUCAAGUCUCCAGAGAGCUCUGAAUCUCAAACAUCCCAGUCAGAAUCAAGAGCCACCACCCCAUCCCUUCCUUCUGUUGACAAUGAGUUUAAACUGGCUUCACCAGAAAAGCUGGCAGGCUUGGCAUCUCCAUCAAGUGGCUACUCGAGCCAGUCUGAAACACCGACCUCCUCUUUCCCUACAGCUUUCUUUUCUGGCCCACUGUCUCCUGGAGGUAGCAAAAGAAAACCGAAAGUUCCAGAAAGAAAAUCCUCACUACAGCAGCCCUCUUUAAAAGAUGGAGCUCUAUCACUGAGUAAAGACCUUGAACUUCCAAUUAUACCUCCUACCCAUCUUGACCUAAGUGCUCUUCAUAGUGUCUUGAAUAAACCAUUCCACCACCGUCACCCAUUGCAUGUUUUUACUCAUAGUAAACAGAACCCAGUAGGAGAAACACUGCGGUCAAAUCCUCCACCAUCCCUUGCAAUCACACCAACGGUCCUGAAAUCUGUUAACUUGAGGUCCAUCAGUAAAUCUGAAGAAGUUAAGCCAAAAGAGGGCAACAAUACAGAUCUCCCCUACUUGGAGGACAGCACUCUCACAAUGGCUGCCCUGUCUCCAGGUAAGAUUAAGCCACACAUGGCUAAGAAAUCAGUAUCACGUCAGUAUUCCACUGAAGACACCAUACUGUCCUUUUUAGACUCCUCUGCAGUUGAGAUGGGACCAGAUAAACUACAGUUAGAGAAAAAACGUACUUUUGAUGUAAAGAAUCAUUGUGACCCAGAAACAGCAACAACCUCAGCUGGUAGCAAUCUUCUAGAUUCAAGUGUGACAAAAGACCAAAUACAAAUGGAGAGUGAGCCUAUUCCAGAAAACACACCAAGUAAAAAUUGUGACUUUCCCACAGAAGGAUUUCAGAUGGUCUCUGUUGCCCACCCAAAUGAUUUGGAUGGUAAAGUACUACAAUAUGGAGGUGGUCCAGAUGGAGCUGUUGCACAAGUGCAAAAGCCAUCCUCUGCAGAUUGGGAGGGAGCCGCACACCCUGAGUCUGUGGAUGUGCUCACAGCUCAGUCAAACUCACCAACCAGACCCACAGACAUAAGCAGUCAACUUAAGCAUCAACUUGGGAUGAGCCGCCACCAUGACAAAGUGCCUGGGAAUAUCAGCUAUGAAGCAGAGCUAUCAAGUGCAAAUUCAUGCCCUGAAAAAUGUUCCGAGCAAGAAAAUAUCGCUUCAGGUAUUUCAGCCCAAAGUGCCUCUGAUAACAGCGGAGCAGAGGAGACCCAAGGAAGUGUGGACGAGGUUUCACUGAAAGAAUCGUCACCGAGUGAUGACUCUAUGAUUUCGCCACUUAGUGAAGACUCUCAGGCUGAAGCAGAAGGUGUGUUUGUGUCUCCAAACAAACCUCGUACAACUGAAGAUUUGUUUGCAGUCAUUCACAGGUCGAAGAGGAAAGUACUUGGAAGAAAAGAUUCUGGGGAUAUGUCUGCUCGAAGCAAAUCAAGAGCUUCUCUUGGCAGCAGUAGCAGCAGCAAUACUGGCUCUGUCACUUUGCCCAACAGCAGCGUGACCAGCCCAAACAGCCAGAGGUCUCCUGGCCUCAUCUACCGAAAUGCCAAAAAGUCCAACACAUCGAAUGAAGAGUUUAAGCUGUUACUCCUCAAGAAAGGAAGUCGCUCAGAUUCUAGUUACCGCAUGUCUGCUACUGAGAUCCUGAAAAGUCCCAUCCUGCCCAAACCUCCUGGAGAGCUCACAGCUGAAUCCCCACAAAGCACCCAGGAGGCCCAUCAGGGGGCACCUGGGGCCGAGGCUUUGUCCCCACUCUCUCCAUGCUCCCCAAGAGUUAAUGCAGAAGGGUUUUCCUCAAAGAACUUUGCCACCUCAGCAGCAGCAAGGGUGGGACGCUCCCGAGCUCCCCCUGCGGCCAGCAGCAGCCGCUACAGCGUCCGCUGCAGGCUGUACAAUGCACCCAUGCAGGCCAUCUCUGAGGGUGAGACAGAAAAUUCUGAUGGAAGCCCACACGAUGACCGAUCCUCCCAGAGCUCAACAUAGGUGGUCCAGGGCCAAGCUGGCUGUCAGAGGCCAGAACCCUUAGUCAUAUGAGGAUGUAGGAACAGAACAGAGGACUGGGGAGAAGUCAGCACACCAUGGGGUACCAUCACUGCUUACCAACAAAUUCCUAAAUAUUUGCUGGGGAAAUGGAAGAUGGUAUUUCUUGAUUGUUUUCCAUGUUUUUAAGUAGCUGCACUGUCUUUCAUAUUUUUCUUUAGCUUAGUUUGAUUUACACAAUCUCAUUCCUUUUGAUAAUAUAGAAUUUGAAAAUGUCUGCUUUUCAUGAAACCUAGAAAAAGUUUUCCCAGAGCUGCCUAUUCAAAAAACAAAGCCCUCACUGUCAUAAUUCUUAAGAAGAUGAAAUUACUCUGGAGGUUUGGUAUUUUUUUACAUUAAAACGAACUAAAACAAAAUUCAGAAGAAAGAACUACACACAUGUAAAUACCAUAUUUUUGAUAAAAAUGUGUAAAUAGAUUUAUCAAUGAUGAGUGGACAUGUGGCCAAUUAUCUACCACACACCAACUGUUUAUAGAACACAACAAAUAAAGUGUAAUAAUUGUAUUCUGUGAAUACCAUUUUCAUAUAAAAUACCAUAUUUAAAUGUCCACCAAUAUGAUUUUCUGAGUGAUAAACCUCAAUUAUGAAUUUUAAACCGGUGAAAUAAAGAAAAUCUCGAGGUCAUAUACUGAAAUGUGAUUAAUUUAAAAUAACGAAUUCAGACCUAACCAUUUUUGUGACAAUUUGCAGUACCAAACAAGCAAAUAGUAACACAUGGCUAUGAUUUGCCAUGUGGUAAUUUGGACAGAAUGAAAAGCAUGCUUUUGAUUUUUUUUAAUCAGAAAAAUCAUCAUUCUCAACACAAAGCCCUGGAGAACAGAUUUGACAGUGUCAUUUAGACUUAAUUUUUCAAUGGAUUGCUUUAAAGAGAAUGAAUAGGGAAAACAAUAGUUAAUUUUAGGUUAUGUUUUAUAUUAGGCUACUGGGGACAUAAAUAGUCAUAAUCUAAUGACUAUCCACUCCUUAAACAGUUUAGCAAUUAGCUCCAGGUUCUUUAACUAACAAAAAUAAAAUAUAAGCAUGCCACAGAGCUAUUGAUUUAUCAGUAAGUACCUGCAAUGAGUUUUCAGUGAAGCUUUCUCUCUGUGCUGAUGAGAUUCAUGCUACCUAAAAAGUAACAGAAAUGACACUGUGAACAAUAUAGUUGGGAAAUAGGUAUGUGUAUAUGCAUUAUUUAUAUUCACUGUUAAACUGGGAAUGGGGAACAGCUCUGGUUCACAAUGCUACAUACAAAUGAGUUUUUGUCUGAUUUUACUAUAUCUGCUUGAUGGCAAAAGGGGAGGGUGGUGGGUGGGAAAGGAAAUGUCAGGGCAAGUGCUCUGAUAAAAUGAAGGCAGGGAAACAAGCUGAAUUACUUGAAAUUACUUGAAUUUUCUUGUCUUAAAACUGAAAAAAAAGUAGUUACAAGUUGAAAUCUGCAAAUGGUUCUUACACCUCUGAUUUUAACAUGAACUGAUACUAAUGUUUGAAAUGAUAUGUCAGAAAUAUAAGCAGCUAUGUACUUAGAAUAUGUUUUAAAUGGAACAAGGUAGAAAGUAGAGAGAACUAAGAAGGGAUAUGGCCUAUAAAAGAAUAGAAUGUGAUUAGAAUGAUAGAACAGACCAGAGUUACCAAGAAAUUGAUAAGCAGCUGGCUUUAAGUUUAUGCAAGUGGUAUUUGGGAAAGUAGGAUGUGUGAAAGGGGGUUUGUGGCUUUGGUUUAAAUCAUACAACAUGAAGGAGAAAGCCUGGUCUAAGAGGAUGCUGUCUUUCAAUAGAAACACUUUCUAAGAUGUUAUAGAUUGAGAAUUAGAGAAUCUGAUUGCUGUUGUUUUUUUGUUUGUAAAGAAAAAAAAAGUCUGGCUUCUUCUAUUUGUUUUCACUAUCAAAUUGUAUUUCUUAAUUUCUUGUCAUCCCUGUAUGUAAAAUGGGUGCUGGGGGUGGCGGGGUAGAGGAGGGAGAACGUGUGCGUGUGUGGAUGUGGGUGUGUGGGUGCUUGUGCUGGGAUAGAUAAGCUACCGGGUAAAGGGUACAGUUGAACAUUUACAAAGUGUUAUACUUUUUAUUAAAAGAAAAAUGUUUGGGGGUUUGAAAAAAAUGGAUCAUCAUUUCUCAUUGGAACCCAUUAGUCAAAAAAACCAGCAUGGUUUGACACCACAUGGGAACAUGAAGAACUUUUUCUCAUGCUUUGAAAAGUACACUUGGCAAAAUUUUAAAAAUAAAGUUUUUAGACAAAUGUGAUAAGAAACCGUCAUUUCCAGUCACAAUAGGUGAUCUUUUGUAAUUUUCAUAAAAGCAGUUCGUUUGCAGUAUGGCUUUUGUGUAGUUAGGGGUUUUUUAAGCGUAAAGAAAGGUAUGUGGGCUUUAAAAGUGAUUCUAAAUCUUGACUAGGAAACACAUGAAUUGGCUUUAAUAAAUAUGUCACCUUUUUAUUAUUGACAUCAAUUUAAGUAACGGUACCAUAUAUUUUUUAAAAUACAUACUGACUUGAAUUGUGAGGCAAUAAAAUUCCUUCUAUAUGUAAUGAUCACAGAACUAACCCUUAUAAUAUAGUUUUACUUAUUUUGUUUACUCUAAAAAUCUAUAGCAGAGUUUCUCUAUUUUAUACUUCAUAGAUUUAAAAAAAUAACCCAAAUAAUGAUGGAUUUUAAAUUCACUGUGGAAAGAGUAUUGAGUAACAAACUGAGUAAAAAAAAAAAGUAAGGAAUUCCUUAGUAAUUUGGAAUAUUCUACAUGGCUUUAUUACAUAGCAUAUAAAACCAAGAAUUAGAGGGCUGUCUUCAACAUCACUGCCGUUUUGAAGCAGGGUACACACAUUAGGUAUUGUGAAAAACAUCAAUCCAAACUUUUCUUCUGUUGUUUGCACUGAUGCUAAUUUUUUGUUCUUUUAUGUUUAUAUAACAUAUCUAUGUUUUGUGGGGGAAAUUUUUUUCCUUAUUUUUUGGUGGGUUUUGUUUUGUUUUUGGCUAAGUAGAGGACAUGGACUAGUUGUAGCAAACAAAACACAGUUUGCUCUUGCCAAAGGUCAGUGAGUGAGUACAUUUGCUGCAGUGAUGGCAGAUUUAGAGAACUAGAUCAGGACAAAGAUUUAAAACUAUAAAGAAGGUUACAGUGUAACUAUUUUGGUACUAGAACCAGUUCAUGCUGGCCAAAAAGACAAUGGUUUAUGGACUUGCAUCCAUUUUGUAUUUUUGUAAUAUUUGUAAAUAUGGACUUUUUAAAUUGUUGCAGAAAUGGUUUCUUUUGUAAGAUGUUUUCAACGUUUACAUUCAAUUCAAGCCUUUGUAUAUUUUAGAGCUGUGCAACCACUUUAAGUCUUGUAUUUAUUUUUAGUAAAAAUGGUGACAGUUUCAUUGUGAACCCCUCAAAAAAUGUACCAGAAAAGUUUGAUUACCUAGAAAGUGUGUAUAGAAACUGCAAAUAAACGUGACUGCA